AUGUUAAUGCCAAUAAUAUCUAAAUUUUUUGAUGAACUACAUAACACAUCUUUGUUAGAAUUAGGAUGUAAUAUUGAUGGUCUUCCAAUUUCUAAAAGUUCAAAAGCUUGUUUCUGGCCUAUACUAGUUUCAUUUGUUAAUUGCAAUAUUUAUAAUUUAUCAAAAAUUGUCAUACCUAUUGGAAUAUAUUACCAUAAAAGUAAAAAACCUUCAUCAGCCUCAGAGUUUUUAACACAUUUCAUAUCUGAAAUGAAAAUUAUUAUUGAUAGUGGUGGUUUAAGUAUAAAUGAAAAAACUUUUCAGUUAAAAAUUAGUCAAGUUGUGUGUGAUGCCCCAGCUAAGGCUUUUAUAUUAAAUGUCAAAGGUCAUAAUGCCUACCAUUCAUGUAAUUCUUGCAUUGUAGAAGGUUCUUUUAUUAAUAAUCGUAUGUCCUAUUUAGAUAUUAAUUGUACCUUACGAACAAAUGAAUCAUUUAGAGAAAAAUUAGAUGAAUAUUACCACAAAGGUGAUGAAAGCCCUUUAGAAACAUUGGAUAUUAACAUUACUAAUGUAGUAGUACUCGAAUAUAUGCACAAUAUUUGCCUAGGAGUUAUGAAAAAAUUAUUAAGCUUCUGGGUAAAAGGUUUAAAACCUAUAAGACUUUUAUCAGUACACAUGGAUUUAAUUAAUUCUAAAUUUGAUUGA